AUGAUGGAAAGUAAAGAAGACAAGAAAUCUUCGGCAACGUCACACUCACACCUGACCCGUCCUGAGUUCGAGUUAAUAGUAGAAGGAGAUAAUGGAGGCGCUGCAUAUGACAGCGAAGAUAACCUCCAGACCGCCGCUGAUUGCAUUCGAAUGAUGGAAGGCGUAAGAGACGAAGCAGAUCUCACAGAGAUCAUGGAAAAAUUCCGAAGAAAGACUGAAAAAGGAGAAAUGACCGGUCUUUCCAGCACAGCUACAACAGUGUCAUCUUCAAUGGCAUCUCAAUGGAUUAACCAUAUGAAACGAAGCUUUAAAAGGCAUGCUAUCGCUCUUUCUGAAGAACAGCAAGGCGUUCUGAAGAAGAUGGUGAACGAGCAUGGCUCAACGGAUCUAGCGAUUCGAGAUAUCCUGAUGCUCUACAGCCGUGGUCUCGAAGCUCAUCACGAUGGAUGUUAUCGAGAAAUGUUUCAUCGCAUUCGACCAUGUAUUCCAUAUUUCAACACGAAUGUUCUUGUCUGGAUUCGAGUGUCAGAAGCGCUCAUCUAUGAAUUCUACGAAGAAGUAUGGGAAUUCAAGGACAGUUACAAGCGCCUUUUUGCGGGUUGUGAUCGACGAUAUGUCGCCUCCCUACGCCGGCGAUGCAACGAACUCAAAGCUCGCCAUCCUGACAUGAAUCUAAGAUUCGCUGAAACAGCCACGCUGAUGACUUUCGCUUUAGCAAAGCAUUCAAGCAGGGAGCCUGUUCACUAUGCAGCUGCCACCCUUCAUGGAUUUCUGCUACUUAAACUGAAGAAGUAUACUGAGGCGAUAGAAACAGUCAACUUCAUAUUGAUGAAAUACGACAAAACUGGCGAAUGUGUGGACAGUCUGACGCUUCUACUCACCUACAAAGCCGAGGGAAUGAUUGGGAUAGGGAGAUACAACCGAGCAAUCGAAUAUUGUCUACGAGUUGUUGCAACGACGACGACAGUCAGAGCAAAACAUCGUGCACUCAUGUUGAUAACCAUGGCAUAUAUGCGGAAGAACAACUUCAAGAAGGCCCACGAAUAUGUAAUUUUACUUUUGAGUGACGGACAACUCGACGAGAACAUGCUUGAGAACGUAGCUCUACUCGGGCUGAACUUGGCCCAUUUAAUGGGAAACAUGGAAUUAUUUAAGAGAUUCGAGAAAAUGCUUCAACGAAUCGUAUACUAA